GCCUGCCUGUUAUUGUUUACGGUCAGACUAAUGUAAAGUAGGUCAUGGAAAAGGGAAGCUUAGCCAGUCACUCAUUCAACUGUUCUGUAUCAUCCAAGUGGUUAUAGGUGGCUUCUGGGAUCAGCAUCUCUGCGGUGUCAUUAAUUUUACGUGAAUUCUGGAUGUGGACAACAGGCAGAUUCCCUAAAAUAGGAGGAAACUAUGAUGAAGCUUCAAAUUGCAGGAUCAAACACAGCUUGGACUGAUGCUGUUAUUCCAACAUCUGGACUAAAACCUGAACUGACUGUCAGGUUCUUCUACUAGUGAGACAGUGAGUUGCUGCCAUGUCUAGACGGAGCAGGAACAGUCGUGCAUGGAGAUAUGUCUGGGGUGGAAUACGGCGGGAUGCUGAUGCCAGGGCACUUGUUUUGGCCUCUGAAAGUGAGGAAUGGAGUUAUGACCGACUAGAGUACAGUGAUUCAGACUCUGAGGUGGACUUUUCAGCAGUGAUGGUCCCUCCUGUCCCCAGUGCAGUGCCUGUCACCGGAGAGUCCUACUGUGGCUGUGAUUCCCAGGCUGAGACCAGCUACAACCCUCGUCUGCGAGGAUUUCACCAAGUCAAAGACUGCCACUGUGGAGAGGAUGAUCAAGAAUUUGACUGGGUGUGGGAUGCAAACAGCCGAUCGACAGCAACAUUACUGAGCUGCGACAAUCGCAAAGUGAACUUCCACUCUGAAUACAGCUGUGGUACAGCUGCGAUCCGUGGCUCCAAAGAGCUGGCUGAAGGGCAGCACUUCUGGGAAAUCAAGAUGACAUCCCCAGUUUAUGGAACAGACAUGAUGGUUGGCAUCGGUACUUCUGAUGUCAACCUAGACAAAUACAGACACACGUUCUGCAGCCUGUUGGGAAAAGAUAUAGACAGCUGGGGUCUUUCUUACACAGGCUUGUUGCAUCAUAAAGGAGACAAGAUGAAUUUCUCUUCUCGAUUCGGACAGGGGUCCAUCAUCGGAGUCCAUCUGGACACGUGGCACGGCACACUUACUUUCUUCAAGAAUAGGAAGUGCAUAGGUGUUGCUGCCACAGAGCUACAAAAUAAGAGGUUUUAUCCAAUGGCGUGCUCCACAGCAGCGAAAAGCAGCAUGAAGGUGAUCAGAUCCUGCUCUGCGCCCACCUCCCUGCUAUACCUUUGCUGCGCUCGCCUUCGCCAGCUGCUGCCGGACUGUAUAGACACCCUGGAUGUGCUGCCACUGCCGCCAGGACUUCGUCAGUUGCUCCACAACAAACUAGGUUGGGUGCUCAGUCUCAAUAGUGGCACCACAGAUGAAACCCCAGAUGAGCCUGAGCGCCCCUCACAAUUGCCUGUCCCGCCCUUGGCUGGACCAUCCUCCUCUGAGAGUGACUCAGAGGGUUGUACGUCUGACCCUGAAGCCUGUCAGAGGAAAAGAUGCCGCUGGACAUGACUGGACCGCUUGAAUCCUACCUCCUCUUAAACACUGGCAGAGGUUACUGCCCUAUGGCAUCUAAUCUAGUGUUACUUAACUGCCUCAAGCGUUCCUCAACAUCAGUGUUACACAGUAGUGAAGAGAAGAACCAGGAUCGGUUGAGCAGAGAGAGUGGUACGUAGGUAGAAAACUGUGACGGCAGUAUUUUUGCUUGCACACUUAAUUACUGUGAUCUUCUCUCAUGCCAUUCACGUCUUCAUGCUCAUCAUACACUCAGUACCCAAAACCAGCUUCAGUAAUACGCGAAAAGAUAUGUUGUUAUUUUGUUAGCUAGAAUAAAUUGUUACAGAUCUGUUGCCAUUCAUGAAUGGGGAUUAGUGACAUAGUGUGGGAAUGAUACAGUAAACUGUACAGUGUGACACUGAAGUAAAAUAUGGCCAAAUUUUAAUGGUCAUCAUGGUAUAUUUGUAAAGAAAAGGGGGUUUCAUGAGAUGAGAGACUGUAUAGGUAUUUUCUGUGUUUUUAUCCUGUAUGCAAAUACUGUAUAUUGUUCUCAACCUAAAUGCUAUCCAUGCAUUUUCAGAGUCAUCUGUUACCUGUUUUACUGGCAUCUGCGAUUUCUGGAGUGAAGUGAGAUUCAGUUUAUUCUGUAUUUUUUACCACAUGUCACAGCUCUAAAUCUUAAACUGUCAAAAGCCUAAGAAAAGUAAGAAGGAGAUAGAAUUAACCUGAGUGCACUUUGCAGCUUUUAGUCCCUCAACUAUGAAAUUAUUCCUUUUUGUCUUUCAUGGAACAGCCAUCAUCUCCAAACAACUUAUGCACGUCUGAUUGCUCAUCACAUUAUUGAAAAAAGUUAUUAGUGAAAUAUUUGUUACAUUCAUGGCAACAUCAGCCUGUCAACAGCCUUUAAAAGUCUUUUGUCCAAUAGUCAUGCUAUUUGUUUGUAGAAACUAUGGAUUUCCUCUAAAAGAUGUAAGCAGUAUCCAUUGUUAAGUGUAACUCUUUUAAAUCUAUCAUGAGACAAAUAUGUCACUAAAUAUGUCACUGUCGCACCUUUCAAGUAACUUUUCAUUGCUGUUACACCCAAUGUUUCUUAAACAUUUUAAAAAAUAUAUUGUAUUUGAUUGACAAAAUAUGAGAUUAUAAGCAGAUUUAAUGUUAAACCUUUUUGUACUGUUCGGUUUAUGCAAGGGCCUUGUUUUGGUUUUCCUCAAGGCCUUGUUUCAUCUCUUUCCUUAAAAACUCCUCUUGACUCUUAUUCACUAAGGCCAUAUUCUAGUAUAAAUACUUUCAAUAUCACUCAGCCCCACUUGGCCUAAAACAUUGUUGUAGAAAGGUGCCAGUGUCCCCAAUAAAGGACCACAUGCUGUGGUCAGCUUGAAGUUGA